AGUCUUCCGAAUGAGAUAUUGCUCAAACAGAACGAACAAGAAAAUGGCGGAGUUAUAGUCGAACUAUCAGAGAUGAUUACUUUUCGCAAAUAGACGAUGCUGCUCAUUUUGUAAAUUAUAUAACUAACGAGGGAACAUAUGUAAAUACCCCCUCGCUUUUUCAACGAAACCUAGUGGGUUAUAGGUUAUCGAUCAUGCUGAUCCCGAAUAUGGAUAUGAGAGCUGCUCUUAAGGCUUGGAAGACCCGGUUUUCUGGAAAACCAGUUUUUCAGAAACUCUGAAAGACACCCAAAGCUUUUCUUAAUAGGUCAUGCUUGUAGCCCACACAUUUCUGAUUAAAAUGAGAUCUCUCCCAACUCUGUGUGACCUUUCUUUGCAAAGUUAUAGAAUUUACAAGAAAAGCCCUAAAUGUUCAUUGUCAACUCGAAGGUACAGAAAUAAGAAGAAAUUAAUUUAGGGCUAUUCGUGUAAAUUCAAUAACUUUGCAAAGAAAGGUCACGCAGGGCUGGGAGGGAUCUCAUUUUAAUCAGAAAUGUGCGGGCUACAAGCAUGGCCUAUUAAGGAAAGCUUUGGGUGUCUUUCAGAGUUUCUGAAAAACUAGUUUUCCAGAAAACUGGGUCUUCCGAAGCUUUAAGGGCAGCUCUCAUAUCCAUAUUCGGGAUCCGCAUGAUCGAUAACCUAUAACCCACUAGGUUUCGUUGAAAAAGCGACGGGACACUUAUAUAUGUUCCGUCGUAAGUCAAAAUGAGUCACGAGAAAAAGAAAAUUUCUUUCAUAACUCCAGUUUUGAUAAUAGAAUCCGAAUAUGAGAUAAAAAGUAUAUAUCAGUCAGACGUGCGCGAUUACAAUUACAAAAUGUAAAGUUCAAACAUUGCUAUUAUCUGCACAAUUAACAAUUCUAGAAUUAUGAACUUUACAUGUAUGUAAAGUUGAACUUUACUUGUUCAGAAUUUUCUAAAAUUCUGAAUUCUAGGGGUGAAUGUGGGGGUGAGGGUGAAGAUGAGUGUGAAUAAGCAACUUUACAUGUACAUAAAGUUCAUAAUUCUAGAAUUCUUAAUUCUACAGAUAAUAGCAAUGUAUGAACUUUACAUUUUGUAAUUGUAAUCACGCAGCCUUCAUAUCAGUUUUUCACUCGUGACUGGUCUUUGGCAAGAUACUCGAUUGGCUGGAGAAGUCUGUCUUAAGAUCGACAAGUCCUCAUCCGACAAAAUCAGAAAACCCUCAUUAGUUUGUCUGUAUAAUAGUUCUUUUAAUCAACUGAUAUGUGAAAUAAAUGCAGCAAUGUAUAUUCUGCAAAUUCCCACAAAGGAAACAUUUUUUUCUCGAGUACGCGGCAAAGAAACAGUAAGUUCGGCCUAAACCGAAUGUAAACGGGAUAUUUCGAAAUUUUCUUUUUCGGUGAAAUAUACUGCGUAUCUAGGAUUUUAAGAAAUAGUACGCACGUUUUUUGUUAAUUCCUCAGUUACAAUCAUACUCUGAAAGUUUUUCAGACAUACCGUGAUUAGUUGUCAAGAUAAUUUUUCUACCUUUGAUGCUUAGAGAGAGGCAUGUUUUAUGAUUUUUUCUGUCAUCAGAACGUUCCAGCCAAAACUAAGUAGUUACCCUAGAAUUUCGAUUGACUUUUUUGAUCGAAUGAAGUAUCAAACAAGGCACUCAGACUUGAAAAGGUUUUGGUAAUUGAGUUCUUCAAUACAAUUAAUUUAAACGUACCAGCUACGUUGGUCACAAAUUAUAAUUUUCAUAACAGUCAAAUGGUGAAACUUAUUUCUAAUCCCAUCAAAAAUCCACAAUUAUCACUAAGGCAACUACAUCCAAGACCAGAAUUUUUUCUUGCCAGCAAAGACACAUUAGCUCAAAUGAUAGUUGAUUUUCGACUAUUUUGCCCUACUCCGAUCUGUCAAAAUGACAUGGUACAAACAGUAACAACUCAAAUAUUUAGUGUCAUUCGAUGUGACGAGAUCUUAUUUUUAACAUGCUUCGGUUUAACGACGUCAAGCGGUGGUAGUGGUGCUAGUAGUAAUAGUAAUUCAACAGCACCACAGACAUCACUAGCAUCAACUGCCAGUAUUCAGCUACAGCAGCUGCGAUCAACCCCGAGUAAAGGUGAAGUUGACUCCUUCACUCAAGGUGUUUCGAAUACACUGUCUUUCUCAUCAGAAACAAUCUCAAUGACAGAAGAGCGUAGCGGUGGACCGCCGACGCCCAAGCAAUCUGGGACCCGCAGCCCAAGUGUAACGGCAACUUUAUUCUCUGUACUUAUUUCAACAAUUAUGCCAACAACUAAUGAAACAAGGCAACAUCAACCACCUUCAUUCUCCUCUGAGAAAACUUCAGCAUUUACAAAGGAAAGUCCACAAACUCAGAAAACUGAAACCAAUACACCUUUGUCCCAAAAAACACGAAAAACAAAAGCUUCUCCUUCCAUGAGACCUAAGACUUCUAAACGACCGAAACCAACUGCACCAUCAGAAACAAAAACAGAAUCAGCUUCAUCUGUUCAAUCAUUCAUUUCAUUUUUUCCGUCAAAAAGAUCAAGUGCAUCGAGAGCCACAAACAGAACCGUUCAUUUCAUCCACUAG